GUCGUUGACGUGGACGUGGAAACAGGCGUCAGCGACCUCCCAAUAUGGAUCCGGGACGUGCUUGAACGAGCGCUUACCGCCAGUGGCAUUCCUGGAUUCAGAAUGAAUGGCAAACUGGCAUCGCAGGACGCCAUCGAUAGCUUGCGAGAAGUGCCUAUCCAAGACUUGAAGGAAAAGGAGUGUGCUAUCUGCUACGAGCUGUACGAAGAGGUGUCUUCUGCCACCAAAACCAGCUCCCAGCCCACGGCGAACGACAAGUCCCACGCAAGAACACAUACCCCUGAUUUAGCUGACAAGUUCAACGAUCCGUCGCUAUUCAUGCCUACCGACGAAAUAUGUCAUUAUUCGAGGUUUCCCAUGCGAAACCUCGCUACCAUAACUCCUACGACGUUAGAAGAAGCAUUUCCCGGGUAUAAGCCGGCGAAGCCAUCCAAGAAAGAGGAAGAAGCACCCCACACGCCUGUGAAGAUGCCCUCCUGUGACCAUAUCUUUGGAAAAUCGUGCAUUAUAGAGUGGUUGAAGAGCAACGUCAGUUGCCCUUUGUGUAGAGAGGAGGUGGAAGCCAAGAAGAACGAUCCGAAGCUGAAGCGAUUGAAUCAAAUUCGUGCCAGCAUGUUUCAUAACUUCAACGACCCGAAUGACGUGGUGAACCACCUCGCCAACCACUCCACCGACGUGUUCAACCCCUACCGUCGUCCGUUCAAUCCUUCCAUCACGCCUUUGACCGACUCCUUCAUGCACCAGGACUGGGCUACUCCCUACAAUUUGGGCAUGCAGAGAACCGAAUCCCGCGAGCCCAACCUCAUUCUUCCAAGACGGUUCCCCUUCCCUGAC